CAGCGGCCGACUCACAGUACCUAGGUACCUAGGCUAGGAUCACAACUUGCAGCAGCUUUAAACUGCCAUUCCAAGGUGUUCAAGACCUGUCGAGUUUGUCCACUCACGCAACAACUUGUUGUAUCGACAAGAGGGCGUCACCAUCGUCUCUGCAGUGCCCCGUCUCGUUCCAUUCGUUUCGCGCAUCACCCUAUCUCACAAGGCAAAAGAAAUCACGGUCCCUGCUACUCACCACCGCGGCUCAUCACCAUGCCCCCGAAGCAAACCACGGGCGCCAAACGAGGCCGCUCCUCCAAAGCCGGCGGCGCCACGGCCCCGAAGAAGCAGCGCGCCUCGACCUCUGCCGCGGACCUCGACGACCCGUUUGCCUCGUCCAACGACGAGACGGCCGGCCGGCGCGCGGCCGAGGUCAUUGACAGCGACGAGGAACCGAGCCGCGGCCGAGCAGACGCGGAGGAGGAGGAGGAGGAGCCGGAGAAGACGAUCCCGUCCGGCCUCGUGGCGAAUCUCCUCAAGGAAAUGUUCGCGCGGGAAGAGACGCGCAUGACCGAGGGGGCGAGCCUGGCUGCGGCGCGGUACAUUGAUGUCUUUGUCCGGGAGGCUAUUGCGCGGUGUGUGCAUGAGCGCGAGGGGGGGUUUCUCGAGGUUGAUGAUCUAGAGAAGAUCUCGGCGCAGCUGCUCAUGGAUUUCUGA